CCGGGACCGCAUGUCUCCUUCGCGAUUGGAGCGGGAACAAAGAAAAAGAGAGAGAGAGAGAGAGGGAAUUUGGUGGCACCUGCCAUUCAUCGGUUGCCAUGUGAUGAUCAUAUCCUUAUAUACCGGCAACUGCCACCGGCAGAGGACGUGCUUCUGCUGCAGAGGAGUGCAGGAAGAAGCAGCCGCAUCCUCGGCCGGUAUGGGUUCGUCCACGACGGCGGCGGCCAAGCCGCACGUCGUGCUGGUGCCGUUCCCGGCGCACGGCCACGUCGCGCCGCACGUGCAGCUCGGGCGCGUCCUCCGGGCCCGCGGCGCCCACGUCACGCUUGUCCACACCGAGCUGCACCACCGCCGCCUCCUGCUCGCCCGGGGCGGCGAGGCCCCCGCGGACGAGGGCGGCCUCGACGUCGAGGUCAUCCCGGACGGGCUGUCGCUGGACGACCCGCCGCGGACGCUGCGGGCGCACCACGAGGCGAUGGAGCGCAACUGCCUCGAGCCGCUCAAGGCGCUGCUCCGGGACAUGCUGCGGGGCCGGCCCGGCGCGCCGCCGGUCACCUGCGUGGUCGCCGACACCCCGAUGCCGUUCGCGGCCGCCGCGGCGCGUGCGGUCGGCGUCCCCGACGUGCAGUUCUUCACGGCGUCGGCGUGCGGCCUCAUUUGCUACCUCCAGUUCCCGGAGCUCCUGGCGAGGGGGGCCAUCCCUCUCAAGCCCGGCUACGAAAGCGACGGCUCCCUCGACGCGCCGCUGGAGUGGGUGCCGGGGAUGAAGGGCGUCCGGCUCAGGGACAUGCCAACGUUCUGCCACACCACGGACGCCGACGAGUGGCUGGUGCACUUCCACAUCCACCAGACGCGGACGGCUGCCGCCUCCGGGGCCAUCAUCCUCAACACGUUCUACGACAUGGAGAAGGACGUCGUCGACGCGCUCGCGCCGCUCCUGCCGCCCCUCUACACCGUCGGUCCGCUCGCGGGCGUCAUAGCAGCGUCGUCGCCGCCGUCUUCGUCCCCCCCGGCGAGCGGCGCCACCAGCCUCCUGCAGGAGGACAGGGAGUGCAUGGCGUGGCUCGACGGCAAGGCGGCGCGCUCCGUCGUGUACCUGAGCUUCGGCAGCCACGCCAGCAUGAAAGGCGCACGGCUGCGGGAGUUCGCGGCCGGGCUGGCGCGGUGCGGCUCGCCUUACCUCUGGGUGCUGAGGCCGGACAUGGCCGCCGAGGUCGAGGCCGCCGGCGAGGGCGGGCUCGUCGUGCCGUGGUGCGCGCAGGAGGCCGUGCUGGCCCACCCGGCCGUGGGGCUGUUUGUGACGCACUGUGGGUGGAACUCUAUCCUGGAGAGCGUGGCCGCCGGCGUGCCGGUGCUGGGAUACCCCGUGCUGUCCGAGCAGACGACCAACUGCCGCCAGGUGUGCACGGCGUGGGGCAUCGGCGGCGAGCUGCCGCAGGAAGCCGGCAGCGAGGAGAUAGCGGCGCUGGUGCGGGAGAUGAUGACCGGGAAGAAGGGGAUGGAGGCGAGGGAUAAGACGCUGGAGUGGAAGAGGCUGGCUGAAGCGAGUGCCAAAGAAGGUGGCUCGUCCUACGAGAACAUUGGUCGGUUGAUGGAGAAUGUGCUACUCAAGGGGCUGUGAUUUCACUCUUGAUGAUCGUCCACGGCACGUGAUGUUCUUGGAAAGAUUUUUAAUUGUAUAAUAAGCUACACUAUUUAUCUGGCAAAAUAUUUUUAAUAAGUCAUCUUUCGGUCUAAGAAGAUAUUUAAGGAUUGAGAAUAAAAUGUUCCAAGAAACAAAUAGAAUUUUUGUUACUUCA